AUGUUUGGGUGCAAGAGUUUACCAUGCUGGGAUUGUGCUCCUGAAUUCACUGACCCUGAUCCACUUCCCUUCUCUCUGCCUUCACCCCUUCCUCAAUGGCCCCAAGGUGGUAGUUUUGCAAGUGGAAGAAUAUGCCUUGGAGAAAUAGAAGUUUUAAAAGUAGACAAGUUUGAGAAGGUUUGGAGAUGCACAAGUUUGCGUGGGAAAUCGUUGGGUUUCACGUUUUAUAGACCUUUGGAAAUUCCAGAAGGAUUUUUCUGCCUUGGUCACUACUGCCAAUCUAAUGACCAGCCAUUGAGAGGAUAUGUUCUUGUGGCACAUGAAACUAAUGCCUCUGUGUUAGAAUCUCCUGCUCUAGAAAAACCACUUGGCUACUCACUAAUAUGGAGCAUGGAUUCACAUGAUGAAUGUGUCUACUUUUGGUUGCCAAACCCUCCAAUUGGUUAUAAAGCCAUGGGCAUAGUAGUCACUAGCAGUUCUAAUGAACCUGCAGUUGAAGAAGUUAGAUGCGUGCGAGGUGAUCUCACAGAAACUUGUGAGACUUCUGAUCUAUUACUGACUGUAAAGUCAAAAUAUGCAAAAAAUGCAUUUCAGGUUUGGAAUACACAACCCUGUGAUAGAGGUAUGUUAGCUACAGGGGUGUCUGUUGGGACAUUUUUCUGUGGUAGUGCCUAUUUCGAUUCUGAACAAGUGGUGGAUAUUUCAUGCUUGAAGAAUCUUGAUUCUUCCUUGAGCGCAAUGCCAAAUAAGAACCAGAUUCAUGCACUUAUUCAGCAUUAUGGUCCUACUGUAUACUUUCAUCCUGAUGAGAAGUACUUGCCAUCAUCAGUGCAAUGGUUUUUUAAGAAUGGUGCAGUUUUGUAUGCAGCAGGCAGUAGCAAGGGUAAAGCUAUAGAUUAUGAGGGCACAAAUUUACCUAGUGGAGGAACUAAUGAUGGUGCCUUUUGGAUUGAUUUUCCUACUGAUGAAGAUGCAAGAAACAAUCUAAAGAAGGGAAACAUAGAGAGUGCAGAACUCUAUGUUCAUGUAAAACCAGCAUUGGGAGGAGCCUUUACUGAUAUUGUGAUGUGGGUUUUUUGCCCCUUCAAUGGACCUGCAACCCUUAAAGUGGCACUAAUGAACAUUGAGAUGAACAAGGUAGGUGAACAUGUAGGUGACUGGGAGCACUUCACCCUUCGUAUAAGCAACUUCAGCGGAGAACUAUGGUCUGUUUUCUUCUCUCAGCAUAGUGGAGGUCACUGGGUAAAUGCAUUUGAUCUGGAGUUUAUCAAGGGGAAUAAGUCAAUUGUUUAUUCAUCAAAAGAUGGCCAUGCUAGUUUCCCUCAUCCUGGGACUUAUCUUCAGGGACUAUCCAAACUAGGAAUAGGAGUACGCAAUGACGCAGCUCGAAGCAAAUUCAUUGUGGAUUCAAGCAUUAAAUAUCAGGUUGUUGCAGCCGAGUAUCUUGGUGAAGGAGUCAUUACAGAACCAUGUUGGUUGCAAUAUAUGAGAGAGUGGGGUCCCACCAUUGUAUAUGAUUCACGUUCUGAGAUAGACAAGAUAAUAGAUCUGCUUCCUCUAUUUGUUAGAUUUUCUGUGGAGAACUUAUUUGAACUAUUUCCAACAGAGCUUUAUGGUGAGGAGGGGCCAACUGGUCCAAAGGAGAAGGAUAAUUGGCUAGGAGAUGAAUAUUGCUAG